AUGACCGUUAAUAGUCAUUUUCGUUUCGCGCCCUUGAACACCUUCGCCAAAUUCAAAAUGUCAAAAAAAUGCUCGCCAUGCUGGGAUAUUGUGGCACGUGAAUUCGUCGGGGGAAAAAAAUACAGUGUCGUGAAAUAG